GGUCUGGGGUUCUAGCAGCCGGCCCCGCACGCCCAGCCGGCUUCGGAGAAGAUGCCAGAACAGAGCAAUGACUACCGCGUGGUCGUGUUUGGCGCAGGCGGCGUGGGCAAGAGCUCGCUGGUGCUCCGCUUUGUCAAGGGGACGUUUCGUGACACCUACAUCCCCACCAUAGAGGACACGUACCGGCAGGUGAUCAGCUGUGACAAGAGUGUAUGCACACUGCAGAUCACGGACACAACCGGCAGCCACCAGUUCCCGGCCAUGCAGCGGCUGUCCAUCUCCAAGGGUCACGCCUUCAUCCUGGUGUUCUCGGUGACCAGCAAGCAGUCGCUGGACGAGCUGAGCCCCAUCUACAAGCUGAUCGUGCAGAUCAAGGGCAGCGUGGAGGACAUCCCCAUCAUGCUGGUGGGGAACAAGUGUGACGAGACGCAGCGGGAGGUGCACACCCGCGAGGCGCAGGCCGUGGCGCAGGAGUGGAAGUGCGCCUUCAUGGAGACCUCGGCCAAGAUGAACUACAACGUGAAGGAGCUGUUCCAGGAGCUGCUGACGCUCGAGACGCGCCGCAGCGUCAGCCUCAGCGUGGACGGCAAGCGCUCCAGCAAGCAGAAGCGGGCCGACCGCAUCAAGGGCAAGUGUGCGCUCAUGUGAGCCCGCCCCAGCCGCCGAGGGCCUGCGGGGCCCCUGCUCCCCUCCCUCCUCUCCCCUCUUAAUGGACCCUCCCUCCUCCUCUUCCUCCUCCUCUCCCUCCUCCCCAUU